AUUUUAUAGGUUAGAUCAACAAAAAGCUUAUUAAUUGAUGAUUUAACACAUAAAAAGUACGUAUUCAAAGCAAAAAAUUACAUAACUAAUAUACGCUUUUCUAAUAAUACUUUUUUUUUUUUAACAAAGAGUAUGUCUUUAACAAAAAUGUCUCGAAUCCAGGAUGUAUUAAGUAUAUUAAAAGCAUUAAAAAUAAUAGCUGAAGCUGGUGUAACGCUGCAACAACAAAAUUCUAAAUUACUGUGGCGGAAUUCGAGUUUUCGCUUGUUAUUGCAAAAGGGUCUAGAAGACCCAAAAUCCCAUAUGCCCGAUGUAAGUCUAAUUAACUUAAAAGAAAGCAUUGACAGGGUUUGUACUGUUGUCCAUGGUAUCAAAGCGUAUUCUGCGAUUCAACAAGGUCAUAGUGUACAAAGUGGGCAAGAAAACAGUCAAAAAGUUAUACACAUCACUAAACCAACAACAGAUGUUAAAAUCAACCACACAAACAACACAAACAGUCUAAAUAUUGAUAUAAAAUUAAGUGACGGUGAUUUAGAGCUCCUAAAAAAGUUAGAUAUGGAACAUAGGGCCAAAUUAGUUAAAGAAAAGGACAGGAAAGAUUUAGAGGAUGAUGCUAUGAUUAAAAAUAGAGAAGACAUGGAAAAACUUACAGUAUUGCCUAACCCAAAGGCAAAACUAAAGCUGUCUGAAAAUGCCAAACAAAGGAAAGUUCCAUCGUCAAGAAUAGGCCGUAUGGUGUCAUUUGGUACACUUGCAGCUGGUUUAGGGUUAGGCACGGCCAGCGAAUAUGCCAAGAGAACUUUGGGUAUUUCUCAAAGUGAUCCAAAGGAUGCAUCAACCCUAUUCAUGACCAAAGCCAAUUUGGACAGGAUCGUAGACACUCUAUGUAAAGUUAGAGGUGCUGCAUUAAAAUUGGGUCAAAUAAUGAGCAUUCAAGAUGACAACAUAAUUCAUCCAGAUCUUGCAAAAGCAUUGGAAAGAGUCAGAAAAUCCGCCGAUUUUAUGCCGGAUUGGCAAGUUGAGCAAAUGUUAACUCAAGAGUUGGGUUAUCAAUGGCGGGAAAACUUUCUAGACUUCGAAAAUCGUCCGUUUGCCGCCGCUUCUAUAGGACAAGUUCACAGGGGCAAAACGAAAGAUGGCGUUGAAGUCGCCGUCAAGAUACAGUACCCAGGCGUAGCGAAGGGCAUAGAAAGCGAUAUCGAGAACUUGGCAGCAAUCAUGAAAAUGUGGAAUAUUUUCCCCAAAGGAAUGUUUUUGGACAACUUGAUGACGGUGGCGAAGAGGGAGUUGGCUUGGGAGGUGGACUAUGUGCGGGAGGCUGAAUGCACGAAGAAAUUCAGGGAGAUUUUAAAGCCCUAUCGCGAGUUUUAUGUCCCGAAGGUUAUUGAUGACCUGUCUGCAAACCAAGUCUUUACCACUGAACUCUUGGACGGUAUCCCAGUGGACCAGUGUUUCGACAUGGAACUAGAACACAGAGAGUUCAUAGGGAAAAAAAUCCUAGAGCUUUGUCUAAGGGAGAUCUUGCAGUUCAGAUACAUGCAAACCGACCCGAACUGGGCGAACUUUUUGUACAGCCCCAGCAAAAAGCAGGUUCAGCUGCUGGAUUUCGGUGCUACUAGAGAGUACUCUAGAGAGUUUAUGGAUAAGUACGUGAAAAUUUUGAAGGCGGCCUGCGAUGACGACAGGAUGACCGUACUGAAUACUUCAAAGGAAAUGGGAUUUUUGACCGGAUAUGAAAGUACUGUAAUGGAGGAUGCUCAUGUUGACGCAGUAAUGAUUCUCGGGGAAAUUUUCAGAUGCAAAGACAAAUACGAUUUCGCACGCCAAGAUAUGACGGGUAGAAUCCAAGAUCUAGCGCAAACCAUGAUAACCCACAGACUUUGCCCACCCCCUGAAGAAGUCUACUCACUUCACAGAAAACUGUCUGGGGUUUUCCUGCUUUGCACCAAACUCAGAGUUGCAGUGGAAUGCAAAACUGUGUUUUUGGAGUUGUAUGAUAACUAUGUUAAAACAAUGCAAUAAUAAUAUUUUUUUAUUAAUUUUAAUAAGUA